CAGGAGGCGGAAGUUCCCGGGGGCCGUGGGGACGGCGUACACACCGCGAGUCACUUGUCAGCGCUCGUCUGAGGCGGAGGCAUCGCCGCGCCGGAGCCGAGUUUCUUUCAUUUUUGGGGAUUGGACUUUGAGCCAUUAGAACCAUGAGCAACUACAGUGUGUCCUUGGUUGGCCCAGCUCCUUGGGGUUUCCGGCUACAAGGUGGCAAGGAUUUCAACAUGCCUCUGACAAUUUCCAGUCUCAAAGAUGGCGGCAAAGCAUCCCAGGCAAACGUAAGAAUUGGUGAUGUGGUUCUCAGCAUUGAUGGAAUAAGUGCACAUGGCAUGACUCAUCUUGAAGCCCAGAACAAGAUUAAGGGUUGUACAGGCUCUUUGACUAUGACUCUGCAAAGAGCAUCUGCUACACCCAAGCCUGAGCCAGUUCCUGUUCAAAAGGGAGAACCUAAAGAAGUAGUUAAACCUGUGCCCAUUCCAUCUCCUGCUGUGUCCAAAGUCACUUCCACAACCAACAUGGCCUACAAUAAGGCACCACGACCCUUUGGUUCUGUGUCUUCACCAAAAGUCACAUCCAUCCCAUCACCAUCGUCCGCCUUCACCCCAGCCCAUGCGACCACUUCAUCACAUGCUUCCCCUGCACCCGGGGCCGCUGUCACUCCUCCCCCAUUCGCUGCAUCUGGACCGCAUGCUAAUGCCAGUCUUAGUGCUGACCAGCGGUCAUCUGCACUGAGCGCUGGUAAACCUGCAGUUAAUGUCCCACGGCAGCCCACAGUCACCAGCAUGUGUGCCGAGACUGCCCAGGAGCUAGCGGAGGGACAGAGAAGAGGAUCCCAGGGUGACAGUAAACAGCAAAAUGGCCCACCAAGAAAACACAUUAUGGAUCGUUAUACAGAGUUUUAUCACAUACCUACUCACAGUGAUGCCAGUAAGAAGAGACUGAUUGAAGAUACUGAAGACUGGCGUCCAAGGACUGGAACGACUCAGUCUCGCUCUUUCCGAAUCCUCGCCCAGAUCACUGGGACCGAACGUAUGAAAGAAUCUGAAACUGAUAAUACAAAGAAGGCAAACAGCGCCCAGGAGCCCUCUCAGCAGCCGGCCGCCUCAGCAGCUGCAGCUGGGAGCAUGCCUGAGGGGCCGGGAAGCCCAGGCUCAGCCAGACCAGGGGUGGCCGGGCUCACCACUGCUGCCGCCUUCAAGCCUCUAGGGUCCACCGGCGGCAUCAAGUCACCAAGCUGGCAACGGCCCAACCAAGCAGCACCUUCUACCGGAAGAGUCGCAAGCAGUGGCACAUCCACAGGAGCAGUGGCAUCAGCCAACUCGGCCGAAAGGCAGCCCCAGCCCAGGGGUGAGGACACUUUGGUGCAAAGGGCGGAGCACAUUCCCGCAGGGAAGCGAACUCCGAUGUGUGCCCACUGCAACCAGGUCAUCAGGGGACCAUUCCUAGUGGCACUGGGGAAAUCUUGGCACCCAGAAGAAUUUAACUGUGCUCACUGCAAAAACACGAUGGCCUACAUUGGAUUUGUAGAGGAACAGGGAGCCCUGUAUUGUGAGCUCUGCUAUGAGAAAUUCUUUGCUCCUGAAUGUGGCCGAUGCCAGAGGAAGAUCCUCGGAGAAGUCAUCAAUGCUUUGAAACAAACUUGGCAUGUUUCCUGUUUUGUGUGUGUGGCCUGUGGAAAACCUAUUCGUAAUAAUGUUUUUCACUUGGAGGACGGUGAGCCCUACUGUGAGACUGAUUAUUAUGCCCUCUUUGGCACUAUAUGCCAUGGAUGUGAGUUUCCCAUAGAAGCUGGUGACAUGUUCCUGGAAGCUCUGGCCUACACCUGGCACGACACUUGCUUUGUAUGCUCAGUAUGUUGUGAAAGUUUGGAAGGUCAGACCUUUUUCUCCAAGAAGGACAAGCCACUUUGCAAGAAACAUGCUCACUCUGUGAAUUUUUGAAAGUCAACAGUCCAGGGGAAGAGAAGAAAUUUGAAGAGAAAGAGGAGAAUUUAAAUCACCGAUUAAUUUUUAGAUUUAAUAUUUAUAUGGAGUUUUGAAAAAUAAUAGUGGCCCUAAAGGGAUAAAUUCCAAGCUUUGAAAACCAAGUCUAUGAGGAAAUAUCUGGCUUCAUAAAGUAAAGAGACAGUUUGGCGUUUAUUAUUACUUUUUUUCCUGCAUUUUCUGCCCAUAAAAUAACUUUUAUAAAAACCAGUUUCCUGGUUGACUAUUAAAUUCAUCUUAGAAUAAAUCAGUGAAGAAUUAAAUUUUAGAAUAAAAACCUUCAACCUCUAUGCGGAAAUAAUUAUACCUUCUUUCCUUACUAGGUAGUUGUGAGUAAAUCUAUAAAAAGCAAUAAAAAUGCCUUACACUUAAUCAAUAAGUGAAACAUUGUGUUUUUUAAAAAAAAUAGUGUUUAUCUUUAAAACAGUAAAUAGGAGUUUAAACAGAAUUUUAUCAGUAGUAGGUGUCAGGGUUUUUUAAACUGUAUACUUUUUUUUUUUUAUUUUGUCUUUACAGUUGAUCAUUCCAGUAGGAAAGGCCAAUGAGAUUUUGAUCAAAAUGUGUCAUGCCCAAAAGAGAUGUUAUAUUUUUCUCUGAUCCCCUCCACCCCAAAAAAGCUACCAUAUAGCCUAUAAACUUUAAAUUUUUGCCUUUUACUAAAAUAUGACCAUUUCUAUUCAUUGUGUAUGUUUCACCACCUAUAUUAGUCAAACUAUUUUUUUUCCCUUCCCCAUGCUGAGAUAAAGAGCUUGUGGAAUAACUUUGGACUCUGAAAGUUUUCUCUGUCUUUAAAGAGAAUAAAUAGAAAAGAAUGCGGUUGGGAAUUAUGGUAAAUCAGAGGAUUAGAUCAGAAAAUUUUUUAAAUUCCCCCUUUUUGGACAGUGAAUCAAUUAGAUCAGUUUCAGAGUUAUACUACUGACUGAUGAAGGUUUGAAAUUUCUCUUUGCAGAAUAAUUUUUUUUCUUUAGUUCUGCAUUGGAAAAAUAAAAGAUUGGCUUGGGGAUGUGAUAAAAAUUUAGAUUUUUUUUUUCUUUUGGUAGUUCUUUCUCAAUAAUAAAUGAACCACUUCCAAAUGUAAUCAUGAAGUUUGGAAUUCACAGAGGUUUGAUAGUAUAGAGAGGAACGUGAUUAAUUAUUCAGACCAGCCUUUCUUUGUUUUUUUCAUUUUAGGGGAAAAAAUGUAGAUACCACAGGAAGACAGAGAAGCAAUUGUGAUAAAAUUGUGGAUCCUAUUGAUAUUUGAGAAAAGAGAUUAUGGCAUUUGAUAGUUUUUUUUUUUCUUUGUUACCAAAAUGGACAAAAGCCCAUGAUCACAUUGAAAGUUUGUUUGGGGAAGGGUGCUUUUAUAGUUGAGACUGAGCCCCAAGCCCUGCCUGUCCCAUCAGUCACUUGUGACUUCACUUCCAUUGUGUGCAUGUUUGUUAGAGAGGGGGGUUUUACGCUAUAAUAUUUGUUUAACCUCCCUAAGAACUUUUCAAGGUAUCUGUCCUGAAAGCUGCUAAUUUAUGGUCUAGCAGACUUAUAUGCAGAUAAUAAUCAACCGGGGAUAAAAGAAUGAGAAGGGUGACACAAAGUAGCAAACUAAAUGGUUCACCAAUAGCAACCCCAAACUACUUCCUCACCCUGCAUCUGUAGGGAGGCAGGAAGUUUUCUGUUGUUUGUUUUCUAAAAGCUGGAACUGAAUUGUGCGUUAUUUCCCAUUGCUGCUGAAACCACCUAUAGAAGACAUGCCGGCUCUGUGCAUUGUCACGUUACCUUAGUGUCAGUCCUUUGCUUUACACAACAUAAAGUAAGUUGGUGGUUUUGUUUUGGUGUGGUAGAGAUUUGUUGUUGUUGUUAUUUAGUUUUGCCUUUACAGAUUAUAUGCCAAGAUAGUAUUUGAUAAGUCAGUGGCAUUGGAAUGGCAUUUGGGUAUUUCCUUCAAAGAAUUUUAUUUGAUCUGGAUUUCUUAUAAAGUUAUCUUAUAUUAAGCAUUUCAUUUUUAUUACACUUUUCUUUCUGCAUAUUAUUCAUGGGCAUAAUGUUGCAUUUCUCUAAAUUUUAUCCCUAAAAGGACAACGUCGCUUCCCAACUUAACGUUCUGUCUUUGUGCUUUGUCCUUCUCUUCUGUGGCAAAGGCUUCUUCUGUCUGUUCCUAAAACAGUUAAUCCUGUGAAAUAAAUAUUGAUUAUAACCCAGAAGAAUCUCUGUAUUUUACAGUGGGGAAUGCCAUAUUUAAUACACCAGCAUUAAUCUUUUAAUAACUGGCAGAGAGCACUUUAAUCUUCUGGUGAGCUCCCUGAAUAUUUAUUUUUCUGAUUAUAAAUAUUCCAUGUCAGUAGCAUUUUUUUUAAUUAUUACCUCUUUAUCGUAGAGCAUUACUUGUAGUCUCUCUAGAUGUAUAUUUUGGAAUGUUGUGCUUAGGAUAAUACAGAUUAAGAUCACAGUACAUGACUCUAAAGCAUCCCCUGCUUGAAUUCCCCAGUUUCCAGAUGUUAGUGAUCGGUUCACAUGUACGGCAUUUCUACAGGGAUGGAAUGUUACUCACUGAAGUAGCAGCCUAAAAAUAAUGCCCUCUGUAUAUGCUUGUAGCAUUCGUAUUCCCCAUUGAUUCAGGUACAGUUAGAGUCUAAAACUAAAACCUGAUCAUCUGGUCACUGUAUGAAGACAAGUAGAAAUAAGAGUUUAAUCUUCAAAAUAUUAGUUCAGCGUUAUGUUUAAAAAUCAUCUCUACAAAAAGGCAUUCGUGGUACCACUUUCAAGGACCACUUUUAUAGAAAGUAAUUCCUCUUCCCUGUUCAAGUGUCAAUCUAGAGUUAUAUUAACAUUUUUGUGAUAUUUGGAGUUUAGUCAUUCCUAUUGAAAGGAGAAGCUUUUCAGACAUAAGGGAAGGGAAAACACACUGAAUAAUUUUACACAAAUUUAAUGUGGCUUCAUUUUGUCCCCCAUCACCCCCCAAAUGUUUUAAGGUUUUGGGUUUGGAUUUUCAAUGUGUCAUUUGCCUUAUGUGUUAAUCUCUAUCUUCUGUUUCUUUACAUUUUGCAAUUUGUAUAUGUUUGUGCUGUUUUGCUUUUGGAUACAUUUUUUAAUUAAAAACCACAGGAGAAAUAUAAUCAGUAUAGUAAUACGUUAAUGUGCACACACUCAGUAAAUAAAUGGCUGCAGUGAUGUAGACAGGCUUUCCUGGUCUUUCUUUUUGGGUGGCAAGUGGUUUCCAUUAAGUCAUGGGAAGAAAAUCAUGUUCACAGGAUAGGCUGAGAUGUGAUAAUUCUCAGGAGAAUUCCUCUGUUAUGGUAUUUGCCUAUCAAAAUGUCCCAGAAACAAUAUGUUUGAAAAUACUGUCACUUUUAUUCUAUUUUAUUCCAUAUUUAUGCUCUGCAUGUGGCAUG